AUGAUGACGCCCAACCCAAUUUUCAAACCGACACUUAUCCUCCACGGCGGCGCGGGCGCCAUCCACCGCUCAACCCUCCCUCCAGACCUUUGGGCGAAAUACCAAGCUUCUCUCCUUGCCUACCUACGCUCUACAAAACACCUCCUCGACAACGGCGCCCGCGCCCUCGAUGCCGCCGUCCACGCCGUCUCGCUAAUGGAAGACGAUGAGCUCUUCAACUGCGGCCGCGGCAGCGUCUUCACCUCGGCGGGCACAAUCGAAAUGGAAGCCUCGGUCAUGGUGACAUCGGUUAGGGGCGAGGAUACCGUGUCGGAUAAUAGUGAUACCAUGAAGCGCGGCGCGGGCGUUAUCGGCAUCAGGAACGUGCGGCAUCCCAUCCAGUUAGCGAGGGAGGUUCUUGCUCGCAGCGGGCAGGAUGAGAACGGGGGUCCGGUGGGCGGUGAUGAGGGUCGAGGCGGGAGCAUGCACUCGCAGCUUGCGGGCCCGUAUGUUGAGGGGCUUGCGAGAGAGUGGGGACUAGAGUUCAAGCCGGAUGAAUGGUUCUGGACACAGAAAAGGUGGGAGGAGCACCUUAGGGGAUUAGAGAAGAGUACAAAGACGCAGGGUGAAUUGAUGUCCGAGCCUGUGACGGGGUAUGGCUAUCCCAGUCAGGGGACUGUUGGGUGUGUCUGCCUCGACCAGUGGGGUGAUUUGGCUGUUGCGACGAGCACGGGCGGGUUGACGAAUAAGUUACCUGGCCGAGUUGGCGAUACACCUACGCUCGGGGCUGGAUUCUGGGCGGAGACCUGGGCGGUGGAAGGGAGUGAUGCUGGUCCGAGUUCGUUAUCGACGCGUCGGCAUGAAGGCAUGCAAUAUCUCUCGCAAACCGGGCAAGGGCCUUACCCUCGUACAUUUAUAGGCCCUAAAUCCAUCUGGCAGAUGACUCUCGCAGACUGCUGGCCCGCCCUGCCUCAUUUCCUGAAAGAGAGCCUUGCAUCCGAGUCCGACGCGGACCUGGACACGACGCACGCUCUCCUGAAGAAGUCGUUUAUCGACGAGAAGCCCAAGACCCUGCGCUCGCGGAAGAUACGACGAGCGGUGGCUGUAUCCGGAACCGGGAAUGGGGAUUCCUUCCUUCGCACGGCCGCCGCUCGAACAGCGUGCGCGAUGGUUCGGUUUUCCGAGAAACGCGUUAGUCUUGCCGAUGCUGUUACGGCCGUUGCGGGGGCUGAUGGCGAACUGCAGCGCAGCGCGGGCAGGCGAUGGGGAAAGACGGGUGAGGGACAGGGCGGUAUUAUUGGGAUCGAGGCUGAGAUCGAUGAUGGUGCUGCGGCCGGAUCGAGCCUGGGCCGUGGGAAGGUUAUUUAUGACUUCAAUUGUGGAGGGAUGUUUCGGGCUUGGGCUGAGGAGGGUGUAGAUGGGGAUGAUGUUGAGCAUGUUAUGGUGUUUAGAGAGCCAUACAUGUAG